AUGAAUAAUAGUAACAGUUUAAAUGAAGAAAAUACAAAUGAAUCGCAUACAAUCGAAUCAUGUUUACAAACGGAACAAAGUGAAAUUUAUAUGCAAGAUCAAUUAAUGAAUUCGGAAUACAUUGAUAGCAACUACAAUAUUAUGAGACCAAACAAACGUGUGAGAGACAUAGAGGAAAAUACUGAGGAGUGGACUAUGGUUACGGGAAAUGGGAAAAAAAUAAUAAGAAAAGAUAUACGAAGUGAAAAACAAAGCUUAGAGGAAACAUUAAUUGAACCAAGUCCUUCGGGAAUAGUUGCAUCAGCUCGGAAGGAAGAAUUACACACUGAAGAUAUUUCUAUGAUAAUUCCUUCAACAUCUCAGAGAAGUUAUGUGGAAGUUUUGAAAUCGUCAAAUACUACAUAUGGCAAUACAGAAACGGCGAAUCAAAAAAUCACAAAAAAAGUUAUUGAAAAGAAAAGUAAGAAGAAGAAAUCUAUGUCAACAAAUAAUCAGACUGGAGAGUCUUUUGAUUGGGGAAUGUAUUCAAACAAUGAAUCUGACAGAGAAUCCUCUAUCGAUGAAGAUACAACAGAAAAUAAAGAAAAACCGAAGAUUUCAUUUAUUGAAUUACUUAAGAGAAUAUCUAAUAUUUGCUUUAUGAAAAAUCUAUCCACGAAAAAGAAGGCAGAACAGGUAGUUUGUGUUGUAUUAGAAUGGGUCGUAUAUAUAAUUGAAAGCAAAAUAUCAGCGUUUACAAUAUUAAAACAAUUAUUUAAUAUUGGAAAUGGG